AUGGAGACGCGGACCCUGCGGGGCCUGCUCGCGCUGCUCUUCCUCCCGCUGCCGGCGCCACGCGGGGCCUCGGCGGGAAGCCUGCAGAGCCCAGGCCUGUCCGAGUGCUUCCAGGUGAACGGCGCCGACUACCGCGGCCACCAGAACCGCACGGGUCCGCGCGGGGCCGGCCGGCCGUGCCUCUUCUGGGACCAGACGCAGCAGCACAGCUACAGCAGCGCCAGCGACCCCCAGGGCCGCUGGGGGCUGGGCGCGCACAACUUCUGCCGGAACCCAGACGGCGACGUGCAGCCCUGGUGCUACGUGGCUGAGACGGAGGAAGGAAUCUACUGGCGUUACUGCGACAUCCCCACGUGUCACAUGCCUGGGUAUCUGGGCUGCUUCGUGGACUCAGGGGCUCCCCCCGCCCUCAGCGGCCCCAGCGGCACCUCCACAAAGCUCACGGUCCAGGUGUGCCUUCGCUUCUGCCGGCUCAAGGGCUACCAGCUAGCGGGGGUGGAGGCAGGCUACGCCUGCUUCUGUGGUUCCGAAAGCGACCUGGCCCGGGGACGCCCAGCCCCAGCCACCGACUGUGACCAGAUCUGCUUCGGCCACCCGGGCCAGCUGUGUGGCGGCGACGGGCGCUUAGGCAUCUACGAAGUCUCCGUGGGCUCCUGCCAGGGGAACUGGACGGCGCCGCAGGGCGUGAUCUACUCCCCGGACUUCCCGGACGAGUACGGGCCGGAUCGGAACUGCAGCUGGGCGCUGGGCCCGCCGGGCGCCUCAUUGGAGCUCACCUUCCGCCUCUUCGAGCUGGCGGACCCGCGCGACCGGCUGGAGCUGCGCGACGCUGCCUCGGGCCGCCUGCUGCCUGACGUCUGCUCGCUCUCCAGGAGCUGUGUGCUGGCUCCGGGGAAGGGGCCCCUGGCCGUGGGGCCUUCCCGGCGCCCCGGGAAAAGCUGGGCCGUGUGGUACCGCCGGCCCCGAGGGGUGGCCCUGCCCUGCCCGCCCGGGGACCCCCAGGCCGAGGGUCCAGCCGCCGGCUACCGGCCCCUGAGCGGCUCCAACCAGACGUCCCUGCGCUCACUCAUCUCAGCUCUCUGA